ACGGCCCCGCGGCCUCCCAAGGCCGGCCUCCAGUUCCCCGUCGGCCGCAUCGCCAGGUACCUCAAGAUCGGCAAGUACGCCCAGCGCGUCGGUGCCGGCGCCCCUGUCUACCUCUCCGCCGUCCUCGAGUACCUCGCCGCUGAGGUCCUGGAGCUCGCCGGCAAUGCUGCGCGCGACAACAAGAAGACCCGGAUCGUGCCGCGCCACAUCCAGCUGGCGGUCCGCAACGAUGAGGAGCUGAGCCGGCUUCUGGGCGCGGUCACCAUCGCCGCCGGUGGUGUGCUGCCCAACAUCCACACCACGCUGCUCCCCAAGAAGGUCGGCAAGGGCAAGGGCGACAUCGGCUCCGCGUCCCAGGAGUUCUAGAGCCUCGCAGAUCAAACUAGCAUCAUCACAGAAGAUUUGAGGACUCUGUUCGUGUUCUAGUAUGGCGAUGCUUUAGGUUGUUAGAUUAGUUCUGGGUCAAUGUGUUGGUUGGUGUAUCGAUGAUGAAUCUGGUUGGAAUGGAAUACUAGCAAUCUGGUUCUUGUUA